AUGGACGUUGUUCGGAGCCCGACCGGCAGCAGCUCGGACGUCGAAGAGCUCACGCGCCUGGCGACGCAGCAGCGGCAGAAGCUGCUCGAGGACCUCGUCACGCUCCGGCGCAAUGACUUUGCGUACCUCAAGGCGCUGCACAUGGACCCGCGGCGCAGCUACUUUCUCAACGUAGCCCUCGUGCGCGAAGAGCAGCUCAACCUCAAGAGCGUGCUGACGCCGGAAGCGCUCCAGCGCAGGUGCCAUCAGCUCUAUUACAUGGGCCUGAGCCUCGGGAAGCUGCUCGAGAUGACCAACCCGUCGCAUCUUGCGCUGGAAGGCUGCCAGCUCAUGGAAGAACUCGACUUCUUCUUCUUGCCGUCGACUUUGCAAAACAUGAAACUUGUGGUCGCUCCCAAAGGCCCACUCUAUGAGCGCCCGACCGAGGCAAGCGGGCGUGAGAAGGAGCUCAGCGAGCCGCACCGGCCAACGCUGCGCAAGUGGAACCAAAAGCCUGCGUAUCGACGCCUCCUCACGCCCCACAUUUCGUUUCCGCUCGACUAUUGCGAGCUCGUCGUCUCGCUAUGCGAGGUGCUCACGCUCGUGUACACCAAGCUCCUCGACGAGACGUGCAGCCGCAACGCCCACGUCUUCCAGGCCACGCUCCGCUUUGACGACAAGAUCAAGAAGCUGCUGCUCGAGGCCAUUAGCAAGCAACUCGCGACGAUCGCCGCCGAGAGCAUCAAGGACGAGCUCGCAACGCUGCGCAAGACGCCGUAG